UUUUACGCGAAACUGCGGGUGAGAGUUGAAGGGGCGUGUUUUCAUGUUCAACAGUAAACAUGGCGGAGACUGAGCAGUCGUCAGGCUCCUCCCACGAGGAUGACAGGCCUCCCAGUACUGUCAAUUUCAACUUCAUAGUGCCAAAGAAGGAGAUCAGCAUGGUGCCUGAUAUGGGGAAAUGGAAAAGAUCACAGGCAUACGCAGACUACAUGGGAUUCAUUCUGACCUUGAAUGAGGGUGUGAAGGGAAAGAAAUUCACAUGUGAAUACCAAGUGUCUGAGACAGUGGAGAAGUUGCUUGCGAUGUUGGGAACAUUAGAUCGCUGGAUUGAUGAGACGCCACCUGUAGACCAGCCUUCUCGCUUCGGCAAUAAAGCUUACCGCUCAUGGUAUGCCAAACUGGAGCAGGACGCAGAGACACUGGUCAUGGCAAUUCUGCCGUCAGACCGUCAUGAUGCCGCUCCAGAGAUAGCCGUCUACCUAAAGGAGUCUGUAGGCAACUCCACCAGGAUUGACUAUGGCACAGGUCAUGAGGCUGCAUUUGCUGCGUUCCUCUGCUGUCUUUGCAAGGUGGGAGCUCUGCGCAUGGAGGACCAGCUGGCCAUCGUAUUUAAAGUUUUUGACAAGUAUCUGCUAGUGAUGCGCAAACUGCAGAAGACGUAUAGGAUGGAGCCGGCUGGGAGUCAGGGUGUGUGGGGCCUUGACGACUUUCAGUUUCUCCCCUUCAUAUGGGGGAGCGCACAGCUCAUAGACCACCCAACCCUGGAGCCCCGACACUUUUUGGAGGAGAAGGCCGUAAACGAGUACCACCAUGACUACAUGUUUUUGGAGUGCAUUAAAUUCAUCAAUGAGAUGAAAACAGGCCCAUUUGCCGAGCACUCAAAUCAGCUUUGGAACAUCAGCGCUGUUCCUUCUUGGUCCAAAGUCAAUCAAGGUCUUAUACGAAUGUAUAAAGCAGAAUGUCUAGAAAAGUUCCCUGUCAUCCAGCAUUUCAAGUUUGGCAGCCUGCUCUCCAUCCAGCCAGUUAAACCAUGAGAGACAACAGAAAGAAUCCGCACCUUGUCAGAGAGGACAACCAAAACUCUGCCUAUGGACGAACGCACUUCACUUCCAGUAGUAUGCAUUCUCUUCAGCAGAGGUCUUAAUCUUGCAGAUCUACUUUUCCUGGAGAGUUCAGUCCCAACCCUGCUCUUAUACAUCCUAUCCUCAAAUUUGUGUGUGAACCUGAAGACCUUGAUCAUCUAGUUUAGGAGUAGAUGAGUUGAGUUGAACUAAACUCUGCAGGACAGUAGAUCUGAACAGCCCUGCUCUUCACAGUCUACUAGUUGUGCGUAUGAAAUCCCACUUCUGAUAUUCCUCCUAAUGAUGCAAUUUGUCUUUACGGUUUUAUUUAUCUAUUUCCUGCAAGCAGGAAGUUGAACUGCUUCUAAGACACCUGCGGUUAUACAUUUUCAUCUGGAUUGGCAUUUAUAUUUAUUUAUGUGUAUAUAAAGAACAGAGCUUGUCACAAUGAAUGGUUGAAGGCUUGGUUUUGGUUUAAUGGAUUCCAUUUCCUGUGUGGAAAAAUCUGAAGAAUAACGUGUGUUUGUGUGUGUGUGUGUGUGCGCGGGUGUUUGUGAGUUUGUGGAGGAUCAGUGUCUCAAAAGGCACUUCUUGAGUCACUUGCUGUUCAGUUAUGAAAGAUCGGCAAGGUAUGUGCUUGCUGUGAAUGGUUUUGGCAAGUGUGUUUUUUUUUUCCCAUGUAAGACAUGUAUAAGUUGUCGACCUCUUAAGUUUUACAUUUUUGGCUUUUGCUUUUUUAUUUAUUUUUCAUUUAACUGAAAAUAGGAUAAGUAAUUGGUGUGUAAAAUGUCAGAAAGAUCGACUUAACCCAUAUAGUUACAGCCACAUGUAGCUAAUACCAUAGUCUUCCGUUUGCUAAGGUAAAGCAAUGAAUGUGGCUCCACCAGUUUGGCAUUAUGCUUAAUCAGUGAAGCAUUUUUGAUUUCUAAAUGUCAUUCUGUGUAAAUAAAUAGUUUCAGUUUGCUUCAGAACCAACAAAGAGAGGGAGUUAAAAUGACUGAAAUAGUGCAAAGCUUUUUGUAACUCAAAUGCAGUAAAAGUUUAUGCUGUUAGAACCAGGCGAAACAUCUAUUGACACUUUUUACAUGGGCACAAAUAUAAUUCAUCCUUCACAGAGUAAGUUUUCGUUGUUCUGCACAAUAGCAGACUUUAGAUUGAUUAACUGAAAUUCAUUUGGAUUGAGAAUAAAAUGUUUGAAAUGAGAGGCACCUUAAAACAGAGUAUUUAGUUCUGGGCAACUUUUCUGUUUAUCAUGGGUUAACAUGGAACUAACAGACCAGGACUUCCUUUCCUAAAAGCUUUGAAGGCCUAAAUAGAUCAUGCAAACCAUUGGCAUCAAUGGUCUCAAGAUCUAUUUAGGAUUACGGGCUGUAUUUCAGACUGUUAAAUGUUACAAAAUCAUCCCUUUAGCUUGGAUGCAACAAACCCUUUAAAUCAAGAAACUUUGUGACAAUUUAUAAUAAUAACUAAGGGUCUGCUUAGUUUAUGUGGUUUGUUGCAAUCGGUAUCAAAUUGUUCUAAAUCUGCUAUUGUCUGCUAAUUGGCUUUUUGAGUUACUUUUAUUUAAUAAAAAAUGUGUUC